AAUUUUUCCCAACUAUCACAAUGGAGCGCUCAGAAUCUGAAGAAACUGUACACAUCUUUACUCAACUCGGCGAAUAUCUGAUUGAUUCUAUCCUACGUGGAGAAUCCAUCGAUGCAAUCAAACUCAUCGUGCAAGAAGGAGCUCCACUUUGGUACCAAACUGAAAGUGAAGGAAUGUCUGCCCUCCAUGCAGCAGCUUAUAUGCAAAACACCGAGCUCGUUCAAUAUCUCAUUGACGAAGGGGCCAUAUGGAACUCUGUGGAUAAUCUCAAAUAUACUGCGGCGGACGUAGCCCUCUCAUUCAACAAUGAAACCAUCUACACGAUUAUACGAAAUGCGGGGAUCCGAGCUGAAAUGCUGCUCACCUUGCUUUCCUCGCGUUCCGAGAUUGAGGAACCUUCGUCUCUCAUGAUCCGAUCCGAAGACGAGACUGCAGCUGCAUCGACGAAUGCUUUCCUAAAAUCAAGACUGAACUUUAUCAAGGAUAAAAAUGGUCAAGAAAUAUGCGUUGUGAAAGUGGGCGAUGAAGAGAUUGGUGUUAUGAUGGGUUGGGAACAGGGAAUUAUGCAGGAGACUGUGAAGAAUUUAUGUGAAGAUCACCCGUCUUCAGAUAAUCUCAAGGUCUUGAACAUUGGAUUCGGUCUGGGCAUUAUUGACACCCUAUUUCAAGCUCUUCCUACUCGUCCAAUUACUCACUAUAUCGUGGAGCCGCAUCCCGAUGUGCUUCAGUAUAUGAAAAGGCUAGGGUGGUAUCAAAAGCCCGGCGUCAAAAUCCUCGAACGGAAAUGGCAAGACUCGAUACAAGAUCUAUUGGAAGUGGGUGGCUUCGAUGUGGUGUACACUGAUACUUUCUCUGAAGACUACAACGCACUUCGUGGGUUCUUUGAGCAUCUGCCCGACUUGCUCGCAGGUCCAGAAUCCCGAUUCAGUUUCUUCAAUGGCUUAGGCGCGACCAAUGCACUGUUCUAUGAUGUGUAUACACAUCUUGCUGAGCUCCAUUUGGCCGAUGUUGGUAUCGAUGUGUGUUGGAAGGACGUCAUUGUAUCCGACGAUAAAAAUUUGGACCGCUGGGGUAAAACUAGAGAAUAUUUUCUACUGCCUUUGUACCGACUCCCGAUAGGUCGCAUGUCGAAUUUUGUGUAAAUCAGAACACGAAGUUGAU